UCAACAAUCGUACAGCCUCAGGUAAAGGUUUACCUGUCUCGGAUCAAUACGGAUUUUAGAUGUUAUGCUAAAUUUACCUUUAAAAGUAAUACGUGCUUUUGUAAACAACACAAGAAGCCGUUUAUGUUAAAGAAGUGACAAUAAAUGUAAUACAGUUUGUGUAUGUGUUAAUUAUCAAAAUGGUGGACAAUUGCAAGAUAUUUGCUUCUAGUUCAAAAGUGUUAAAAGCUACUGCCGUUCUGUUGGGCGUGGUUUUCAUCGUACAUUGUGUGGGUAUAGGAACUGAUUUCUGGGUUCAUUCUGAUCACUUCGGGGCCAGAGUUCACAGUGGUUUAUGGAGAUAUUGUUCUUGUUUCACCUUCUUCGGUGAAACUUGCUAUUGUGUCUCAUUUCACAGUCCUGCACCGGGAUGGUUGAAGGGAGUUCAGGCCCUGGAAGUGAUUGGGCUGAUUGCUAUUAUCUUUGUCGGUUUAAUGAUAUUCAUGCAGUUAUUCUUCACACAAUGUACAACCAUCAAAAUAUGGGGAAUACUUCUUAUGUUCUUUUCAGCUGUAUGUAUACUGGCUGGAGUGACGCUUUAUGGAGCUAUGAUGCUCCACGACCUAAACUUCUCUUUCGGACUCUGUGUCAUCUCCUCAAUCUUGUGCUUUGUUUGUGCAUUUCUUCUUAUUCAAGACCGAAGAAUUUCUCUAAGAAAUGCACAGGUGCCAGGUCAAGCCCGCUACGCAAGCCAGGGACAAGUUAUUCAAAGUCCUCCAGCACAAGUUGUUAUUGCCUAUUCAAACCAAACGCAGCAACCAGUUUAUCCUCCAAGUUAUGCGCAUGCCCAAUACGGACCGCCUCCUUCUUAUCCCGUUGCUAUGCAACAUGGUCAGUUUGUCCAGCAACAAGAUCAGUUUCAACAUACACAACAGAAGAACGCUGAAUGAAAUGCUGCAACAACUUAUAACAUCUUCUCAAGAUACAGUUACGAUCUUAAACAUGGAUCUAUAUGAUAAAGCCAGCGCCACAAGCGGUGUAAGAGUAAUGAUAAGAUUUUAUGUCAUAAACUCUGAUAGAAAAUCACAACGUGUAAUUUAACGAAUUGCCUUGAUGCAUAUACAGAUUUCUAAAGACAUUACAACUACAAUGGAAGAAAACACAAGAGACAGUAAGAAACCCGAAAAUGGUUUUGAUGUUUUUGUCAGAUUAUCAUUUCUAUGUUUUGCAGCUUCCAGUCCAGGGCUUUAGAUAACAUUCUUCUAUUCUUGCCCUUUUUAUUACGCUUUCAUCCACCAAGGGAGUUACAAAUAUUCAAAAUAUUCAGACGCCAUGUCUCGCGCAAAGACCACAUCCUGUAGAUCUAAGGAUGGGGGCACAUUUUGAGGUCAAAUCUGAAUGGAAUUUAUUUCGUGCCUGCCGAUAAUUGUGCCGUAUAUCAAGGGAUUUUAACUUUUCUUGGCACAACACUGUUGCCCAUAAUGAGAAAAAUGUCAUUUGCAAUACCCUGCCUUGACUUGUAGAUCAUAGAUCAGAGCCACACUUGAAAGGUCUGCCCAGUACCUCAUCCAUCCAUCUAGGGAUUGUGUUCAUGCUUGGCACAAAUGAUCCCUGUGAUCAGACAAAAUGCCUUGCAUCUUAUUUAUAGGUCAAGUUUACCAGGAGAUUAAG